GGCGUGCGGCCGCUGGUGCUGGUUGAAGGUGACGGCGCGGCUCGUGGGGUCGUCGUGGCAGCUGAGGGGUUUUUCAGGGCUGCUGCUGCUGCUGCUGAGGCGAGGCGAGCCGAGGGCAGACAUGUUUGGUGCACGGCAGGUGCCGAAGACGCUUCGGGCGUUAAUAUUUGCAAGCCGAGGCUAUUCAUCUCAGCGUGGCUUAAAUGAAGUAGUCAUUGUAAGUGCUGUCCGGACACCCAUUGGAUCGUUCCAAGGAUCCCUUUUCUCACAACCAGCCACUAAACUUGGUUCCAUUGCAAUUAAAGGUGCAAUAGAAAGAGCAGGUAUCCCUGUGAAAGAAGUGAAGGAAGUAUACAUGGGUAAUGUCAUCCAGGCUGGGCAAGGACAAGCUCCUGCAAGACAAGCAACUCUUGGUGCAGGUUUACCAGUUUCUGUUCCUUGUACAACUGUUAACAAAGUUUGUGCUUCUGGAAUGAAAUCUAUUAUGAUGGCAGCACAGAGUCUGAUGUGUGGAAGUCAGGAUGUGAUGGUGGCUGGUGGAAUGGAGAGCAUGUCUAAUGUACCCUAUACAAUGAGCAGAGGAACAACACCUUACGGAGGGGUGAAGCUUGAAGACUUGAUUGUAAAAGAUGGCUUGACAGAUGUUUACAACAGCAUCCACAUGGGUAAUUGUGCAGAAAAUACUGCUAAGAAGUUUUCUAUAUCACGGGAAGAUCAAGAUGCAUACGCUAUAAAAUCAUAUACCAAAAGCAAAGAAGGCUGGGACUCCGGAGCUUUUGCAAAGGAAAUUAUACCUGUUACUAUUUCUCAGAAAGGGAAACCAGACACAGAGAUUAAAGAAGAUGAGGAAUACAAGCGUGUUGACUUUACUAAAGUUCCAAAGCUGAGGGCAGUUUUUCAAAAAGAAAAUGGAACCGUAACUGCUGCCAAUGCCAGUACGCUGAAUGAUGGAGCUGCUGCUUUGGUUCUGAUGACAUCAGAAGCAGCCAAACGACUGAAUGCUAAACCAUUGGCUAAGGUAGUAGCCUUUGCAGAUGCUGCUGUUGAUCCUAUUGACUUCCCAAUUGCACCAGCACAUGCUGUUCCUAAGAUACUUAAUCAGACAGGACUCAAAAAGGAAGAUAUUGCAAUGUGGGAAAUCAAUGAAGCAUUCAGUGUUGUUGUCCUAGCAAACAUUAAAAUGUUAGAUGUUGAUCCACAGAAGGUGAACAUUCAUGGAGGAGCAGUCUCUUUGGGACAUCCAAUUGGGAUGUCUGGAGCAAGAAUUGUUGUUCACAUGGCUCAUGCAUUAAAGCCAGGAGAGCAUGGCCUUGCUGGAAUUUGCAAUGGAGGAGGAGGAGCAUCUGCAAUACUGAUCCAGAAAUUGUAGAUGUUAAUAUAAAGCCUUAAGACUCAAGUGACCAGGUGGCUGUUACAAUUAUUUAUGGAACUGUAACAAAGAUGUUUGGACUCAAAUCUAUCAAUGUUUAAAUGAAACAUUUUUUUAAACUUUAUCAUGUUUAAAUACAUGUGGGUUUUUAUAUCAUAGGGACUAUAAAGUGUAUCGGCUAAACUUCCAAUAUAAGAUAAUAAAGGUUCUGUACAUCAUGA